AUGCAUGAUGGAUCCCUCACCCCCAAAACCAUCGACCUGUUGAUCUCGCUCUUGGUUUUGAUCCUUCUUGCCAUUGUGCUCGCCGGCAGUCUGCUGCUACUCCGCCAGCGUCGUCGCAAACUCGAGAAGCAGUCUCACCUCCCGUUAUACAAGAGCCAAGCCCACCAGCGCCGUCUCACAAUUACACAAAAUAGCCGAACUGGAUCCAUUCACGUGUAUAAUGAGAAGCAAGAUCUGAUGCAGAGUUCGUUGAGUCCACCACAGAGCCCUGUGCCCGAAAUUCGCAUUACUUUCCCCGAGGAGCAGGAUGAAUCCGGCAAGCCCAAGGCUGGCCGGGUUGUCGUGGUCCACAUCAGCGACAACGGUGGUGUUGGAUUGUCACCAGCUCAGGACGAACUUCCUCCUUACCAGACAAACGAAUCGGGUCGGUUCCAAUCGCUCGACCUGGAGCGCAUGGGUGGGCUGAAGGAGAAGGAAGAGACGAAGAGAUGGUCAUAG